UUUUUAAUUGUAUCUGUGCAUUGGAGCAACGUUAAACUUGGACUAACUUGAAGGCGAACGGUGGUGUUGGCUUUAAGCGUGGUGAUAAAAAAUGGACAAAUUUGUGAAAAUAACAUCAAUAUCAACUGGCGAUAAAGAAAAUGUAGUUGAGGAUGACAUACAGCAGCACACAAAUAAACGCAAAAGGGAAACGUCGAUGGUUUGGCAGGUUUUUAAGAAAUGCAAGGAGAGUAAUAUGGCUAUUUGCAACCAGUGCGGUAAGCAGUACAAAACCGGUGGAAACACGACCAACCUUAUGGAUCACUUGAAGCGCAUGCAUCCUACGCUACUUAAAGAUCAGCCUUUAGAGAAAGCAAAAUGCAUGACGAAAUUCCUAGAGCGUGAUAUCCUCUACUCUAAUACCUCUGAAAAAAAGAAACGCAUUGACAAGCUGGUACUAAAUAUGGUUGCGUCCGAUGUCUUACCUCUAAAUGUGGUUAAUAAUGUUGGGUUAACCAAGCUGAUCCAUGAACUAGAUCCACGUUACAAAAUGCCGAGUAAGACUCACCUGCGCAAUGUACUAUUAAAAAAUGAAUACAAUAGUCUAAAAGAAACUUUAAAAGCAGAGCUUCAGAUUGUCGAAAGCGUCGCAUUAACAACCGAUGGCUGGUCAUCAAGAGCCAAUGAAUCCUAUCUAACUGUUACGUGUCAUUUUGUAACCGAAUCUUUUGAGCUUGCUUCAAAAAUUUUGUCGACGAACCAACUUAUCACACCAACUAACCACUCAGCUGUUAACAUUGCUGAUACUAUAAAUAAUGUUGUAACUGAAUGGGGUUUGCAAGGUAAAGUCGUUUGUGUAGUAACAGACAAUGACGCCACAAUGAAAAAAGCUUGUGAGCUGCUUAAAAUCAUGCAUAUUCCCUGUUUUGCACAUACGAUAAAUUUAUUAGUGCAAGAUGUGCUAAAGCUGCCAUGCGUUUCCGAAAUUAUUGUGAAGUGCAAGCGCACAGUCGCUUUUUUUAAAGCGAGCAAUAUAGCUUAUGCUAAAUUCAAGGAAGAGCAAGGCGUUAAUAAGCCGUACAGUUUGAUCCAGGAGGUUCCUACGCGUUGGAAUAGUGCUCUCUUUAUGAUGCAGCGUAUUUUGGAGACAAAUGAAGCAAUCUCGAGAGUUCUUUUGAAAACCCCAAAGUCUUUACCGCCGUUUACUGCAGACGAAAUAACACUCAUAAAGGAACUGGUUGAGAUACUUAAUCCAUUUCAGGAUGCAACCGUAUCCGUUUCUGCAGACACAAAAGUGACUAUAUCACUGAUCAUUCCAACAUGCUGUGAGCUGCGCAAACAAAUAUUUGAAAUGAACUCUUUCAUAUCUCCAGAGGCUAAACUAGUCGUCGACUACCUAAGGGUCCGAAUGGCAGAGAGAUUUUCACAGUACGAGGAGCGUACCGCGACAAGGCUUGCAACCAUUUUGGACCCACGGUUCAAAAAGGAUGGAUUCCUGCAGCCAUCAAAUGCUGAGCAGGCUAAAAAAGCCUUAGAGUUAGAAGUCUCCACAUUUUUGUCAAAAACAACACCACGUCCACAGCCAACACCACCACAACCCAAACGCUUUUCCUUCAUGAGUCAAAAGCUGGAGGAUAAAGUAAAAUCAAAUAAAGCUGACGCCAUAAUUCUUUUGCGCCAAUAUUUUGAAACGGCGCAUGAAGCUGAAGAAGUCAAUCCACUUGACUAUUGGAAGGAGCAUACAAAGGAUACGACAGCUUUAGCAAUAUUAUCAAAGAAGUAUUUUUGCGUACCAGCGUCUUCCUGCGCUUCUGAACGAGCGUUCAGCAAAGCUGGACAAAUUGUAUCGGACAGGAGAUGCGCUUUAAAAUCGAAUAUAGUAGAUAAGCUACUUUUUCUCAACAAAAAUCAAAAACAAUGAUCUCUUAAUAAAUUUGUUAAGUUUUAA